AUGCCUUUCUUCGCUGUUGGUACCUCAGAGACUUUAUGUGAAUCCACUCCGAAUUUUAUGAGAAAGCUCGUUUUCUUGAUGGUCGUUGAAACAAUUCAUUUAAUCUUAAAAAUUUUAAUAAUAGUUAUUCCGUUACUUGUAGCAGUGGCUUAUUUAACUUUGGCCGAACGGAAGGUUUUAGGAUAUAUGCAAGCUAGGAAAGGGCCCAAUGUAGUAGGUGUUUAUGGGCUGUUACAACCUCUUGCUGAUGGUAUAAAACUAUUUACUAAAGAAUUGGUGAUUCCUCACUACGCUAAUUUGUUUAUAUAUGUGGCGGCGCCAGUCUUUUCAUUUACUUUAGCCCUAAUUGCUUGGGGAGUUAUUCCUUAUGAUAGAGGGGUUGUUAUAAGUGAUCUGAAAAUAGGAAUUUUGUUUACAUUGGCCGUAUCUUCCAUUAGUGUUUAUGCUAUUUUGAUGUCCGGUUGGGCAAGUCAGUCUAAGUAUGCUUUUUUAGGAGCUAUUAGGGCGGCCGCUCAGAUGAUUAGUUAUGAAGUUUCAAUUGGACUAAUAAUAAUAGCGGUCAUCUUGUGUGUCGGUUCUUUGAAUAUUACUGAAAUAGUGCUAGCUCAAAGUAGUGGUAUUUGAUUUUUCUUUCCCCUGUUCCCGGCGGCCAUGAUGUUUUUUGCUUCGGCGCUAGCCGAAACUAAUCGAGCGCCUUUUGAUUUAACAGAGGGGGAAUCGGAGUUAGUGUCGGGCUACAAUGUAGAGUAUGCUUCUAUGUCUUUUGCUUUAUUUUUUCUUGCGGAAUAUGCUCAUAUAAUAUUGAUGAGCUGUUUAACUACAAUUUUAUUUUUAGGAGGAUGGCUCUCUCCUAUUGUGUAUUUAAAAGGUGGGCCGGCUUGGUUUGGCUUAAAAACCUCUUUUAUAAUUUUACUCUUUAUUUGAGUAAGGGCCUCUUUCCCUAGAAUGCGGUACGAUCAAUUAAUGGCUUUACUAUGAAAGUCUUACUUGCCCCUAAGUUUGGCUUUUGUAAUUUUAGUGGCUAGCCUUUUAUUUGGGUUAAAUGGGUUGCCCCCCAGCUAA